GAACGUGUCAAAAAAAACCCUCGUUAGGGUUUUAAUCUUCAGUUUCAAUCGAUUCUCUCUGUUUCAACCGCUGAAAUCAGAGGGAUCCGAUCGUUUUGUGGAGCUUGCUGGGAUUAAUGGAAGGCGGGAGAGAGGAAAGAGAGAAGCUGACUCUUGUUGCCCGGAAAUCCUGUUUUGGGCUGCCGACCGCUUGCCCUCACUGCCUGCCGGUUUACAUUUACCUCAGAUUUUCGAAGAUUCCUUUCAAUUUGGAAUUCAAUCUCAUUCACCCUGAUUCAGAUCAAAUACCAUAUAUUGAAUUUGGUGAUUAUGUGGCCUAUAACAAUGAGAAAGGCGGAGUCAUUAACAGUAUGAAGGAAGAAGGCAUUGUCGAUUUGGACUCUGGGAUCAGUGAUAGACCUGAAUGGAUAUCGAUGAAGGCUUUAGUCGAGUCAUGGCUUGCUGAAGCAUUGAUGUAUGAACUCUGGGUUGCACCAGACAAUAAGCCUGCACACAAGAUUUAUUACUCGGAUCUCCCUUGGCCGAUCGGAAAGAUUUUGUACUUCAAGCAAGUUCUAGUCGUGAAAAAACAGCUUGGGAUAACCGCAAGCAAUGCUGAGCGACGAGAAGAAGAGAUAUACAGUAAAGCAGCUUUAGCAUAUGAUGCUUUGUCUUCUAGGUUAGGGGAAGAGUCGUUUUUCUUCGAUAACAGGCCAACGAGUUUGGAUGCUGUUUUUCUCGGGCAAGUUCUCUUAACCCUUCAUGCUUUACCGGAAACGUCAAUUCUGAGAAGCAAGCUCUUGGAUCAUCCCAAACUUGUAAAUUAUGCCGAUAAUCUUAAAGCACAGUAUAUUGACGUCAAUCCAUCAUCUUCAUCAGUUCCCCCGUCGGAUCCCUCUUCAUCAGCUUCAUGGCAAGGCCGUUCAAAUUAUCGCUCAAAACCGAGGAGCAAACCUACGAGGGAGAAAACAGAGGAGCAAAAGAAAUUCCGAAGAAGGGCCAAGUACUUCCUCGCCGCUCAACUUAUUGCUGUUCUUGUGUUCCUCUCGCUCGUCAAUGGAUCCAAUGAUGCUGAAGUUGAUCUUGGAGAUGAAGACGACGAAAGCUUGAGUUAGUUUGCUCGGGAAUUACUCACAGCCAGGUAGAAUCGUUACGCCCUUUGUGCUUGCUUCUGAAUAUAUACUGCGGCGCCGAAUAUCUUUAAAUUGAAUGAGAUUUUGACAAGCCUUCUUGAUAUUCAUUUUUUGUACAAGUUGGGAGAGGUUCCCCUUUUCAACAUUUCAUUUGGGAAUAAAUACUUUCUGCCAUUUGGGUUUUCGACAUCUUGACAAACCAUGUGAUGAACUACUAACAUUGGAUCCAUUAUUUGUAAGCUCUGAUUCAGGUUUAUUUGAUGCUUUUAGUAUUCGAGUAUCGUUGGAUUUGAAGCCCGAGCUUUUUAUUAUUAUUAUUAUGGUUUGAAGCUUUAUUUAGGGGUCGAAAAUAAUAUCGAAUUACGGAAAUAUCACAUAUGC